CGAGUCGUCGCGUGACGUACGUUUGAACUUUCACGAGCGACUGUACGUAAGCAUUCUGCAUUCGAUUGAUAAAGGCAGGUAGUGCUCGUUGCGCUUUCACACGAUAUGGCUGUGGAUCGACCUGAAAUAAAUCCGUGCCGGUCACGGUAAGUCUCUUGAUCGACAGAAAAAUGCUCCAUAUAUUCCUACCUAACAGCACAUGCGAUGUGACGCGACUCGUUAAGUUUUCUGUCAAUGUGACAGGCGCCUUGCAGUCUCCCAUUUGGUAGUGUCACUAGCGACGGUAGCUCGAGCUGUAUAACAACAAAUUAUUAAGAUAUAGCACAAUGUCGCAAAGAAAGAAUGCCAAUGCAACGGGAAAGCUGAAAGGGAAGCGUUCAAAAGAGCUCAUGUCCUCCUCUAGUCUUUCCGGUAUGUCGCAAUUAUCGAACAGCAGUGAAGAGACAUUGGAGGCCUUUGUACAUAAACCCCAUAAAUCUGACAAUUUAGAAAACGCAACGAAUACACGAAAUGCACAGAACAACGAAUGGUUAAUGAACGGACCAAAUGGAUGCAAGGCGCCUCUUUUACGCUUUAAAUGUUCUGCUUUAGCUAUGCCACCAGAAGACCCACCCGCAAAGCAGCUACAUAUGACCUAUAAGAUCUUUCAAACAGAUACCAAACUCAUUAAUCUUCUGCUACAAUCGCACGGCUUAGUAGAGGUACCGAUGAACGAGGCGGAUUUUAAUAUAUUAUGGAUGGGAAAUCAUCCGAAACCAGAUGUCCUGCGGAAUUUGAUGCCUUAUCAGAAAGUCAACCAUUUUCCCAGGUCUUACGAGAUCACACGUAAGGAUCGUCUCUACAAGAACAUCGAAGCAAUGCAGAGGAGCAAAGGCCUUCGAAAUCUCGACUUCAUACCUCAGACGUUUCUACUGCCGGCCGAAGCCCGAGAACUAAUCUCGGCACAUUUCAGAUAUAGAGGGCCGUGGAUAGUUAAACCCAAAGCUAGCUCGCGAGGUCGCGGUAUUUAUAUCGUUAACAAUCCUGAGAAGAUUCUGACAGACGAAUCGGUUAUCGUGGCACAGUACAUAAAUAACCCGCUUUUAGUCGAUGGACACAAAUGCGAUUUGCGUCUCUACGUGGCUGUGACGAAUUACGAUCCCCUGCUAAUUUAUUUAUAUGAGGAAGGUUUAGUGAGAUUCGCGACCGUCAAGUACGAUGGCGGAAACCAAUAUAUCUGGAAUCCUUGCAUGCAUCUUUGCAACUACAGUAUAAACAAGUUCCAUGUGGAUUAUGUAAAGAACGAAGAUCCGGAUGCCGAGGAUGUGGGACACAAAUGGACAUUGUCAGCAUUACUCAGACAUUUGCGCUCAACGGGCCAAGACACAGAAUUGCUAAUGCAACGCAUAGAAGAUAUUAUCAUAAAAUCUAUUCUCGCUACUGCAUCCGGGAUAAUUAGUGGUUUAAAGCAAUUCGUGAAACAUCCCGAGACAUGUUUCGAACUAUUUGGCUUUGAUAUAUUAAUCGAUGAUACGCUGAAGCCGUGGUUACUGGAAGUAAAUUUAACUCCCUCAUUGGGGUGCGAUUCGCCACUAGAUGUUAGACUCAAGUCAGCUUUAAUAGCAGACUUGCUUACUCUUGUCGGAAUACCUGCUGUUGAUCCAAUCCUGCGUCCUCAAAAUUUAAAUCGUGCUGCCGUCAAUUCCAAUAAAAGGAUGACUAGUUAUAGAAGGGUACAGUCUGCAGAAACAUUACCUCAAGGAAGAAAGAGCACUAGCAGAAGUAACGUUAAUAAAUCAGGCUUAAGUUCAGAAGAACAACGAAUAGUAGCUUCUGCAAAAGCACAAUUUGAGAGGAGAGGCGGAUUUGUUAGAAUAUUUCCAAGUCCAAAAUCUUGGGAACUCUACUCACAGUACUUAGAUAUGAUUACAGGUACGCCAAUGAUGUCAGACCUAAUCGGUCUAAGGAAGUUGCCGCAACAAGUCAAUACGAAUCAUAAUCUGAUGUUACACGAACAAUUGUUCCCUGCAGCUAGUCGCGUUACCGGUUUUAUAAUACCAGAAGUAACUUUAGAUAGAUUGUCUAGAUACGAGAGAUACGAAAGAGCAUUGGUGAAGGGUCAUAAACAAAGCUUAGAUCGUGAAAAUAAGGAAAAUGUGGAUAUAGACAUGCAUAAAUAUAAAAAUCAAGUGAUACAAUCGAUGCAGGAAGGCAACAAGCUUAGUCCCGGUGAAGCAAGGAAAGCGUUUGGUUUAUAUCUAGGUUACAUAUUACGAAAAAUAUCACAGUCCAACGCAGAUCCGGCAUGCUGUGAUCUCGUGAUGAAGUUUCUCCAACACUCAUCCUGUAGUUUGAGGACGCCGUUUCUAUUUACGUUACCGUGCAGCAAGCUUAGCGACAAGGAUCGAGCUGCCAUUACUGCGAAACAAUUGUCCGAUUUUUUACAUCUAUAUAAUAGGGAAACGGAUCUUUACGAGGAUACCGUAGAUCGGCCCCGUACAGUUCCCAAUAAGCUCUUCCAGAAAUUUUUGGCCGCAGCAAGCGAACAAGAUCUCGAUGAUGUGUUAAUUCUGCAAACUCGGCUGUACAAGUGUGCUCACAGUUUCUUGGGAAGAAGUGGCUUCGCUGGCAGUCUACGCGGCGCUAAUCUUCUCGGCUCUCUGCCUCAGAUUACAUCACGGGUGUAUUCCAAUGCCGCCGUAACAGAACAGUGCAAGUGUAACAAUACAAUUAAUAGAAUAGUCCUGCCGCAAGUCCGUUCUUCGGGGUUGCCGCACAGCUCCUAUAUCAGCAAUAUUUUAGUACCAAUUGGCAAUCUCUCUUGUGCGCUAAUAUCGUAAUGAAUUUUUCUUAUAGCAUGUCGAAUAUAUAAUGACAAAGAAGAAUAUUUUGAUACGUUUUAAGACUAUUCCGUUGAGUCAUAAAUAACUUCCGCUUUUUUGUCUUUAAAUUUACUUUUACAUAAAAUAUUGGAUGCUGAAGCGCCUAAUCUAAUGUAUACUUCGUCGUUAUUAAUAUUUCUUUAAUAUUUUUUUGAUAGACUUUCCCGCGAAUAUUUGGGAAAAGUAGAUAUUAACUACUUACAUCCGAAGUUAUUUAUGACUCGAUUUAAUAUUAGCCGGAAGAUAGCCGGAAAAAAAUAACUUUCAAGUACCAUUUAUGAAUUACUAUGUGUUGCUUACUGUAAACACUAGCGAGCGUGCAAAAAUUCUCAGUUUAUUCGGACAUCCAUUGUUCCGUCUAAAUGUUCCGCCUAAAAUUUUAGGAUUUUAGUGAGUUAUCUCUCACAACAUUCAUAGUAUGUCGAUAUUUAUCGCUAUUCUAAUAAAAACAUUUUACUUAUAUUGUCAUCUUCUAGGUAUAUCACAGGAUGUUGCCCGAUUGAAUGAGAAUUUUGCAUGCUUAUCACUUUUGUGGAUUUACAAUCUUUUACCUUUUCACAAACAAUUUCCGAAAGAAAGUCGCGGAUCAAAUGUUAUAUCGACUCUAAAGCAUACUUUUUUUACAUUCGUACGAAAUGACGUUAGUAAUCAUGCGAAAUUUAGCAGAAAUUUUUUUCAGCAAUAUGCCAUUAACUACUAUUUUACAUUAAACAGAAGUCAGAUUUUUUGACUAGUCUAUGAUGUGAAAAAUGUUAACUGUAAUAUAUAUAUAUAUAUAUAUAUAUAUAUAUAUACAUAGUGCAACCUAUAUCAUGAUUAUUUCAUACUUAUCGUGUAUGAUGCGACUUAAAGAAAUUGGAAGACUUAGGAAUACAAUGCAAAUUUGGAUAGUCUAUUUGCAUUUUACGCUGUCAUUUCGUAAUUUUCAUAAUUCGUAAUACACGCUUAUUAAAUAUUCAAUCAAAUAGUAAGAAUGAAUGUAGUUUUAUACUGAAGAAUUAUCAAUUGAGAGCUAAGUAUUACAUAAAUUAAAGCAACAAGGCCAGCUCUCAGGUAACAUAAAUGUUUAGCCUGAAUUUUAAACUAACUUAAUAUUUGAGGCUCUUUAAUUAAGUUGAUUAGAUUUUAGUUGAUUUUUAUCGAUCGAUCAGUUCGAUGAUAUACUAAGGCAAAGCAAAUGACGCUUAAAAUAAAUGGAUUCUAUCUUUACUCAUUUACUCAGAAAGAUGCUAUUUCCUUAGAACAGUCAACUCGUAUCAACGCAUCUCAAACCAUUGGCGUAAGAAAACUCUGCGGAAUUUCACCGAUUUCCGCGCCUUAGCCAAUAAAUAGCGGUAAGAUUUAAUCAAUCCUUCUGCAUAUCUUAUAGACAGCCGCAAAGAUUUUAUUAGAAUUAUGUGACAAACUAAUUAUGCGUCAGCCUGCAUUUGUCUUUCAAGUGAAAAAUACCCGAAAAAUAUGUUUCUCUUUUAGUAUCUAUUAUCUUCUGCGCAAAAGUUCCCAAGUAUCGCAAUACUUUUCACCGAUUAUAUAGUGCUUGUAUCUAGUCAUAAAUUAUGAGAUAAGAUUUUAAAUUAUUGACAGUCUAUACGAGAAGAGAAACUUCUUGAAUUCUAUCAUUUAAAUAGUUCAAUUUAAUUUUUAGAUAUAAGUCCAGCUCUAUUGUACUUACAAACGGCAACUAAAGUACGCGUACUAUAUGUAUAUCUACAUCCUCCGAUCGCGCAAAUAAAAUAUUCUACUCAAAUUAAGAUCAAGUGCAUUUUUAGAACUUGUGAUUACCCGAUCCAUUUUCUGGUCAGUAUUUUUAAUAAAUGGUCAGUAAUUUAUGACAAAUAUCAGGAUUUAUUAUAAACAUGUAUGUUCAAAAAAUGCACUUCUAACAUUGUUAUUAUUACUAUAGGGUACGAUAACUAUGUUUAAUUAUCAGUAUUAGAAAUAGUCUGCUGGCAAGUACUAUUUUAUUUCACUAAUAUUAUUUAUUUGACUAUUUAUUGGACAAGCUAUCACACAUUUAUUAAAGGAAUACUGGCCAACAUAUAAAUUUCUAUUUUUAAUAAAACCGAUAAAAUGUAUAUCCUUUGUAAAUCAUACCUUCGUAAAUAGCAAGUUUAUAACUCGAGUAAAUACACAGCUUAAACAAA